ACGGGUUUUAGUCGAAAAUCAAAUAAGCUUGAGCAAAGACGCGAAUUUAUUGAAUACAUUUCAACCAUAUAUUUCUAAAAAUGAGCCACCUGAAUCUUAAACUUUUACUCCUAGUUAGCUGUUGUGUCCAUCGCUUCCAACUUCAAGCCGCCCCCUUUUCUGAUCCCGAGCAAUUGGAGAACGAGGUUUUGUUUGCUGGCUUUGGGGACAAUUUGGACUGGAGUCGGGUCAACUGGCACUUGGUGAUCCCCUGGCUGAUGGAGCGCCAGCAGCUGCGUUUCUGCGUCUCACUGGCCAGAUUCGAUGAGCGAUUGGUGCCCGGAACAGCCUGCCAGGCCAUUCUGGCCAACGGGCCGCUCAUGGACAACUGCGACAUUGGAAACAUCGAGGACCUGACCAUGACCAUGCGCUACGCCUUCGGCGAAAUCCUGCUCGAUACCAUGCGAAAAUGUCGCCCAGGCCUGGAGCUCUUUGGAGUUCGCUGCAGGCGGCGAGCGUAACGAAGAGAAAGCUUGUAGCAAGGUAAUAUUUGUAUCCGAAAACUGAAAUUUACCUCAUUGCCGAUUCAUCAUAACAAUUUAAGCAGCUAAUAAGGCUUAGAAGCUAAGCUAAUUAAG